CCAUCUACACACACAUACAGUUCCUUGAGCUUGCACUGUGAUGGAAUCGACUACAGCAAGUGGCUCAGGCACCGCCGUGCUGGCACAGUUCGAACGAGCUCUGCGUCUUGUUGUGCGUGACAUCCAUGUCGAAGUCGCUACUUUCAAACGAAAUGUCGAGCAGCGCCUGGAGGAAGCCUGUGAAGGUGCGAAACCCCUGGAGACCAUGGUUUCAAGGCUCCAGGAGGAAAAUCAGCAGCUAAAAGAGAAGCUGGAGGCUCUUUCCCAGCUGGUAGACACACUUCCUUGGAUAGCGAGCAAGUCAAGUUCCCAGAGGACGCAUGAUCUCCAUGAUCUCCAUGAUCUCCAAGGUCAAACCCAAAUCCAAGCUGGGAAAUGUAGCCCUGGAACUGCAUCUCCUGUGGAGGAAGAAGAAACAUGUGGGCCAACUGAGGCAUACUUACUCGGUGGGUCUGUGUGUGUGGAUUCAGACUCGUCUUCCUCCAGAAGUUCCCCUACUGCACCUGAGUCUAGCACCAUCAACGUGGAUACAAGUUAUGAGUGUAAAGAGAUAACCAGAGAAGAGAAAAAAGUAGAAGAAAAACAAGAAGAAGAUGAUAAAGACCCUGUAACUUCAGCUGGGCUGGAGAAUAAAUCUGAACACACACAAGAAUUAAAAGAAAUCCCAUCACUGGACAGUAUACAGCAUGCAUUUGAUGAUUGUCUGGCCAUAACGUCUUCUCAAAUACAUCAUACCACAGACCCUAGGCCUGAAUCUCCUUUAGGAAGUGAAUACUCUGGAUUGUCUGGAUUUUCUGGAUACUCUGUGUCCCAGGAUAUGAUGUCAUCAUUAUCCAGUCAGCAUGUGAUAUCUCACGCCAUGACUACAAGACAGCGUUCAAUCACAGCCACGAGCAGAGCAAGAGAUCUGGUGGUGCAAAAGUCUAAAUCCAAGCUGAUUACAGAGACGGAGGAAGUCAAGUCAUCAACCAACACCCAAACCACAUCCAUGGUUUCAAUUGAAGCGCCCCAGAAACCUGGAGAUGCUGAAGGUUGUAUAUUAAGCCCUCCUUCCCCAAGUCCCUGGAGGAGAAAACAUAAUCCACGUGCUAUUAUUACCAAACUCAUACCACCACCAGCGCAAUUUAGCUAUUCAGCGAUUGAUAUCUCUACAACAGAACCAAAAACAGAAUCCCACCAUAAAUCUGAGGAGGUUCAGGAAGUCAAGACAUCAGACAACCAUAACUCUACGGCUCACAAACAGUUUCAUCAGUUACCCUCUGAAAAAGUCUCACUAAAGACAAUUGAAGAAAGGUCUUCCUUUGAAAAGGACGUUACGUUGGAGACGCAGGAAUUGAUGUCAGGAGGUGGCAAUCUGGAAGAUAAAGAAAAACGAAAUCAAAUUGCCAAUACAGACACCAACCUGAUCACUUCCCAGAUCAGGCAAUUAACCAAUCAAAACACUGAUCUGACUUUCAGCAAAUCAGCUUCAGAUCCACCGACAUCUGCAAAGAACCUUCAUGUGGCUCCUUUUGCUGUAUCAAGUAAAGUCAGUGCCUCAAGGAAAUCCUCAGAAUCUAUGUUUAGAACUGAGCAUGUGCUACGGUCAACAGUCACCGUUCAGACAAGCUUGGGGUCCAUGACAGAAGCUCAGCAACCAGUCAGCAUUAUGAACAUACCCCUAAGCCCCAAAUCAAUCAGGUCAACCAAUCAACUUCCUACUCCAUUUAAACCACUAUGUACACCUGAGGCAACUGAAAUGCCAGUUAAAGGUUCAAAGGUUGGCGAAGCUUCAGAAUCCAGUGGGUCUCUCAAUAAUCACCACAUGACCCCAUUCUUAGUGAAAUCUCCAACAUCCGUUUGUUCUGCACAAUAUUCAGAGCCCUUCCUCAAAUCUGAUCAUUCUCAAGCAACUAGUUCAGCUCAACAUGCAGAACCUCUAACUACACCACCUCCACACCAACCUUUAAGUAGUGAAACUGUACCUUUGAGUCCCAAGCCUCUAAGGUCAACCAACCAAAGCCCUACACCUUUCAAGCCUUCAUCUACACCAAAACCAGCAAUCAGACCACAACACAGAAUUGUCCAGACAGAAAAAAAUUCAUCUACCAGUAGUAUUUAUGAGGAACAAGCAGCUGUGAUGGAAUCUCAAGGUCCUGUCCAAUCUGCAAAAGUAAAUGUAAAUGUUCACAUGAGCCCAAACUCUAAGAUUAAACCAGCCAAGAUUAACCAAGAUGAGCAUUCUUCCAUCAAACACAACUCCAUACCAUCUCCUCCCACAGUGAAGAAGCCAGUGCUAGAUGUACCUUCACCAGUGUCUGAUUACUGUUCUUGCCCAGAAAAAAAUAAUUCACCUGAAAGUAACAGAGAUCAAGAGUCUUCCAGCAAAAAGAUUUCUCAUUGUCCCGUCCCAUCAUUCACACAAAUAAGCCCACGGCCUUGCAAAAGACUGACAAACCACGACCUUGCACAAAAUCAAGAUGCCAGUCUUGUCGGUUCUCCAGCUGUAAUUUGUUUAAACUCUUCUGAGACAUCUGGUGUAACCGUCGAGAUCAACCAAACCCAAUAUCAAGUUCAAUUGCAACAGGAAAUGAGGUCAAAAGGGGAGAAUUUCUCCCAGUCUCAGCUGUCCAUUGGUUCUCUAAGCAGACGUUCAGAUUCACCAUCUGGAAGCGAGUAUUCUGGCUACUCGUCCGUCUAUUCGUCCGUGUCUCAAGAAGUGAGGUCAUCAAUAACCGGUCAGCAUGUGACUUCUGCCCAGCCUAUUGCAACCUCCAUAACUUGCUUGAGCCCCAGACGUCCAAGAAGACAAGCCAAUCACAACACCGAGAAGUUGUUGGCAUCAUCACAGACAGAGGCCUCAACAGAGUCACAAGGGAAGUCACAUAUGUCUCGUGUCUUCUCACAACCUCAGCUCUCCAUAAGUUCUCUAUCUAGACGAGCAGAAUCGCCUCCUGAUAGUGAGUAUUCUGGAUACUCUUCAGUCUAUUCUUCGGCAUCACAGGAAGUAAGAACACUUGUAGAUUCAUCCAUAACCACUGCAAAACCUCAAGCGCCUGUCACUUCUAUGAUUCGUAUGAGUCCUAAGCCUGUCAGGAGAUCAGCCAAUCCCGGCUCAUCUCUCCCUAACCCCUCCCCUCCACUAAAGGCAAAGGUGUUUGGCCAAUCAACACUGAAUAUUAAAUCAUAUCCAUUAAUGAGUGAACCUUCAAGUAAGUCUGGGAUGUCUCAGGAUUUGAAGUCACCUCUCGGCAGCCAAUAUCCAGCCAUCUCAUCACCACAGCUGUCUGCUACCCGCAACAACCAAGUCCCAAGAAGCCCCAAGUCCAUCAGCAGGUCUAGUAAUAUUUCACAGCCGAACACUACGCCACAUUUUAACGCUUUGCUUUUCAGCCAAUCAGCAUCUGACGCAACAGUUUCUAAACCCAUCCCGGACUCUUCAAGCAGACCUGUGUCAGCAGUCAAGCCGUGGACCUCCAGCCCGAAGAUAAAUACAAGUUCAUCUGCCUAUCCAGACAAGAAGUCAAGCACAUUUUCUAAGCCAGCUCAGUGCCUUGAUUCCAAACCAGUCAGUGACAACUUCAUCAAGAAAUCUGACAAUGUGAAUGGGAAAGAGAGUUCGAUUGGAUUUCAGACAAAGCAGAACAACCAGAGCAAGCAGGCCUUGUUUCAGAGAAUGAAUUCUGAACCUAACAGAGAUAAGAGUGUGGAGUCGAAACCUAAAGUGAGACGCUCUCAGAGCUUCAAUACGUCCAGCGCCAGCGGCAUUAAGCAGCUCCUGCUGGAGUGGUGCCGCUCCAAAACCAUCGGCUAUCAGCAAAUAGAUAUCCAUAAUUUCUCCUCCAGCUGGUCUGAUGGAAUGGCCUUCUGUGCUCUAGUGCACUCCUUCUUCCCUAAUGAGUUUGACUACAAUGAUCUGAAUCCUGCACACCCUAAACACAACCUUGAUUUAGCCUUCACUACUGCUGAGGCGAAGGCAGACUGCAUGCGUCUGAUCGAGGUGGACGACAUGAUGGCGAUGGGUCCCAACCCUGAUCCCAUGUGUGUGUUCACAUAUGUGCAGUCGCUUUACAACCACCUCAAAAAAUUCGAGUGAUUGCUUCCAACAUCAAUCAUUCUCAUUAGGGUUACAGCCUCUGCAAUGGAAAGAUGUUUUUAUGUCUUAUUUGUUACAUUUGUCAUUUUGGAAAUAUUUUUUGUUUACGUAGCGCACCAAGCAGGUUUGGUAAGGUAUUCAAAUGAAAAAGUUUCAUCCGGAGAUCGCUAGUUCGAUUUCCAGGUGAUGCUGUAGCCUCUCACAGCCGGGGGCCUAGAGAAAGCUGAUUGGCGGAGCUCUCACAGCGGGGUGGAGUGGGAGGGAUUUAGAGCUCUCACAUCAAUCAGGGGCGCCUGUGAGCUCAUGCAAGUGGAAGGAGCUGUUCUGUGAGUGUAUUACGCUGCCCUUACUGUGCGUGAGCAAUCAAAAGUUUGAGAAGAUGCGUUCGGCUGGCGUUUCCUCCGAACCAUGUGAUAGUCUUUGGCCCUCACUGACUGAGUAGUGGCCUUAAUGUGGGAGCCCCCUAGUGACGGGUGGAAAUUGGAUAUGACUAAAAUUAGGGAGAAAAUCAGGGGGAAAACAUUCAAAAAGUUUUUCUUCCUCUGAUAUCACUGCAAACUGCAAAUAAUAACUUUUAAUUUAUUAAUAUAAUUUUAAUUUUAUGUUUCCUGACUAGUUUAACCUCUUUUUCUCCAACAGACGCAAAAAAAAUCUAGAGACUCCUUUAAUUAAUAUUUAAUACCUUUCUCUUUACAGAAUCCUUUACCAUAUUGAAAUUUUUUAUUUUAAAUUAAAUGUUCUUAUAUUUAUUAUUAGCGUUUAAGGGUGUAUGUCAUCUGCCAUACCACCCUGAAUGUACAUGUAGUUAGAAAUAUUAGAACAAGAGCCUUAACAAAAACCUGUUGGAGUUUAUGGGUAGCUCAAAGAUUAGGGCAUUGGAGUAUCAGAAGGUCCCAGGUUCAAAACCCUUCAGCAAGGCCCUUAACCAUCAACUGCUCAGAUAUAUUAU